CGCAAUAGUUUUAUGGUAACUCAUUAAAAAAAUCACUAGUUUCGUACAAACCUUUAGUAUCAAUAUUUGUAUGCAAAAUAUGGAUCCUUUAGAUUCAUCCGCCAGACUGCAGUUCUCGCUGCUACCGGCAGGGGGCGCCAAAGGACAAAACCAGCAUCAGGAUGUGGACAGACUUAAACAAGGUUGAAAAAGACAAACAGAGAGGUGAAAUAUAAUCAGGUGUGUGAAUAUGGAGCUGAGAGCUGCUCUGCUCAAGAGUAUCUGGUAUGCCUUCACAUCUCUGGACACUGAAGACAGCGGGAAAGUGUCCAAAUCACAGCUCAAGGUUCUUUCUCAUAAUCUUCACAGUGUUUUGAGGAUUCCUCAUGACCCCGAGAGUCUCGAGAGACACUUCAGUGAUGAUGAUGAUGGUCCAGUGUCCAGUCAGGGGUACAUGCCGUACCUCAACCAGUUCAUCCUGGACAAGGUGGUGGACGGGAUGUUUGUGAAAGAGGAAGUGGAUGAGCUGUGCUGGACUUUGUGCUCCAAGAAAAACUACCAUUCCGACACACUCCGAGUUCUGACCAAUCGGGACGACCUACGGCUCUGGUGUCUCUUCAACUUGUUGGCGGAGGACAAAUAUCCUCUCGUGCUCGUGCCAGAAGAGGCGGAGUAUUUACUGAGGAAGAUCAGCGCUGUGAUGACGCUGGAGUUGAACUGCAUUGAGAUGGAGGAGUAUCUGUCGCGGGACUGCGUUCAGAAGGACGGACUGAGCGUCUGGAGUUUUCUGGAGCUGGUGAACUUGGUCGUAGUGAGUCGAGGAGUGGACCGAGAGAGCAUCAGUAUGGCUGUAGAGCAGGUCUAUCGAGAGAUGGUCGGAAAUGUCCUGAAAGAGGGAUAUCUGUGGAAGAAAGGUCAUUUACGCAGGAACUGGACUGAGCGCUGGUUCUGUCUGAAGCCCGGUUCCCUCUCGUACUACGUGAAUGAGGAUGGGAGAGAGUGUAAAGGUGUCAUUGAAAUGGACCAGAACUGCUGCGUGGAGGUGCUGUCGGACAGAGACGGGAAGAGAUGCAUGUUCUGUGUGAAGACGCUCAACAAAACAUUUGAGAUCAGCGCACAAGACUCCAGACAGAGACAAGAGUGGAUCACAGCGCUCCACACAGCUCUGCGUCUGUAUAUGGAGGGGAGGAGCUCUCUGCACGAGGAGCUGAAGGAGCGUCGCCGUGAGCUGCGUGAGGAGAGGGAGAGGAGGCGUGUGCUGUGGGCGGAGGAGACGCGCAGACUGCAGGAGCUUCAGGGGGAGCGUGAGGAGCAGCUGAAAGAGCUGGAACUCCUGAAGGAGGCACAGAAACAAGCUCGGGCCUCUCUAAAGCAGGAGGAGCAGAGGAGGCGCAGUCAGCAUGAGGAGCUGCAGAAAACCCUGCAGAGACAGCUGCAGGAGGCGCAGGAGGCGCGGGAGGAUCUUUGUGCAGAGGUGGCGGUUCGUGAUCUAGAAGCUGAACAUCAGCGCAGGAGAAUUAAAGAGCUGGAAGAUCUUCAUCACAGACAGCAGGAAGCUCUAGAGCAACAGAUCCGAGCUCGACAAGAGGAGGAGACGUACAGAUACACACAGAACAGGCUGCUGGCUGAGGAGGAGGAGAAGGUGAAGUCACUCCUGUCACUGCAAGAGGAGCAGGAGGAGCAGCUCCAUCAAACGCAGCGGGAGAAGCAGGAGCUCAAGCUGGAGAUAGAGAGGAAGUCUCAGGCUCUCGAUGAGGCCCAGCACCAACUCGAUAAAGUUCGGGCCAGUCGACGCAGAGUAGACCAGGACAUUGCGGCCGCUCAGCGUAAACUCCGACAGGCCAGUACAAGUGUGAAACACUGGAACGUUCAAAUGAAUCGACUCCUGCACCCCAUCGGCCCUGGAGAUAGGAGACUUUCCUCCAGUGAUCCUCUCGUCCCUGCGGUCUGUGUUCCCACCGUCAGUGAGACUGACCCAAGAGCUGCACAGCGACCUGCGAGAGACACCGACAAACAGAACAGACUUGACUGUGACGAGAACAGCAGCAGAGAGAACAUGGACUGCAGCAACAAUGAGACCGAACCAGCUGAUGUUGAGUAA